AUGUCCUUCACCGUCAAGAACGACCCGCUAGAUCAGGUGGACGGGUCUGCUUCGUUCGAAUUUGGAGCAACAAAGGUGAUCAGUUCGGUCACCGGGCCUAUCGAGUCCAGCAGACCUCGUAACGAGCUCCCUACUAAGGCAUAUCUCGACAUCAAUAUCAGACCGGCUUCUGGAACACCUUCAACAAAAGAGACGCUUUUGGAGCACAAAUUGUCACAGAUCCUUUCCACAGUGAUAGACCUCGAUCAGUUUCCCCGCCAGACCAUCCAGAUAGCCGUGCAGGUUCUGAAAACUGGGGAACCUAAAGAAUUCGCCGCAAGACAGCUAGUCGCAAUCAUCAAUUCUGUCUACCUCGCGCUGCUCAACAGCGGAGUCUCGCUGAAAACGUCGUUUCUUGCCACAUGUUGCAGUGUCGAUCUGAACGGCACCAUCACCACAGACCCUUCGUCUGCUGUUCUGGCCAACUCGGUCUCUCACUAUGUCGUCGCAUACACCUUGAAUAACGACAAGGUGAACGACCUGGUGUUCUGCGACGCGCUCGGAAAUUUCACCCAGGACCAGCUCUUUGCGGUCCUCGACCAAUCGGCAUCAAAUAUCCAGUCUGGCUACCACCAGCUCAGACUCCUAAUUUCGGAUCACGUGACCCAGAAUUACGGCACCCUUGGCCUUGUUGAGCUUCUUCUCCACCUUCUCGAUCUCCUUGUCCAAGUCGAUCAUUCCCUUGACCAUCAAGUGAACGGUGCAUCCUGGAACAACGGCAGCAAGGGCACAUCCGUCUGGGAUGUCCUUGGCGUCAGUCACGACAGUGAUACCGUCCACGGCCUUGAUCAACGAGACAAUAGAGUCGGUCUGGUCCUUAGCAAUGGCAGCAUACUCUGGUUUGGUUGCCUCCACAUACACCUUGGCGUUUUUCGUGAUGUUGUAUUGGGAAAGCAAAGAUCUGGCGCUCUUAGUGAUUUCCAACACCAACUCGUAAGCUUCGUAGGCCUCGACGUUGUCGUACUCCUUCACGUACUCUGGGUACUUGGCCUUGACGAUGGUCUCACUAGUUUCGGUGGAUCUCUUUGGAAGUCUCUGCCACAUUUCCUCGGAAAUGAAAGGCAUGAAUGGAUGGAUGAGUCUCAAAGCGCCGUCAAUAGCAGUGUACAGAGUAUCUCUGGCAGAUUUCUUUUGAGCGUCAGUUCCUUCCAGAAUCAAGAACUUGGAGUUCUCAAUGUAAACGUCACAAAGGUCGUACAGCCAGAAGUUGUAGAUGGCCUGGGUGACAUCAUAGAACUCUCUGUCCUCGAUAGCCUUGUUAGCCUUCUCAGCACACUUCGACAAUUUGUGCAAGAUCCACUUCUCAACCAAUGCCUCGUUACCAGUCAAAGCCCCGGUGGCAGGAGGAACGUAGUUGUCUCCCAAUCUCAUCAAAACGAACUUGGUAGCUUGGAAGAUCUUGUUACCAAACUUACGGUAUCCAGCAACUCUGAGAAUAUCAAGGUUGAUAUCUCUACCACCAGUGGUGUAGGCACAAAGUGCAAAUCUCAGAGCAUCAGUACCACAUUCUGGGAUACCGUUAGGGUAAGACUCUUUUUAAACACCUCUGAUAACAUCGAUUGGGUCGAUCACGUUACCAAGCGACUUGCUCAUCUUUCUUCCUUGAGCAUCACGCACCAAAGAGUGGCAGAAAACCUCCUUGAAUGGAACUUGUCCAGUCAUCUUGAUACCAAGCAUAAUCAUUCUGGAAACCCAGAAGAACAAAAUAUCCCAUCCGGUCUCCAACAUGGAAGCAGGGUAGAAGUUCUGCAUGUCCUUGGUCUUGUCUGGCCAUCCCAAGGUGGAGAAUGGCCACAAUCCAGAGGAGAACCAGGUGUCCAAAACGUCUUCGUCUUGGUGCAAGGUGAACUUUUGUCCUGGGAAAGCCUUCUCAGCCUUAGCCUGUGCCUCUUCCUCUGUUCUUCCAGAAAUCCAAUACUUGCCGUCGUUUCUGUCGUUGGUCUCUCCUUCAAUGUCCACAAAGUAGACAGGACAUCUGUGUCCCCACCAGAGCUGUCUGGAAAUACACCAGUCCUGGAUGUUCUCCAACCAUCUGAAGUACUCUGCCUCAGAGCUCUUUGGAGUGAUGGUAAUUUCUCCGUUCUUGACUGCAUCAAUAGCGGCAUCGGCCAUUUUCUUCUGAGACACCCACCAUUGCGGUUUCAAAUAUGGCUCGAUAACGUCACCGGAUCUGGAGCAGAUAGGCAAAGUCAUCUCGUUGUCCUCUUGGCCAACGAAAAGGCCCUUCUCCUUCAACUUCUCGAUAACCAAAGGUCUGGCAUCGAAUCUCUUGAUACCUUCCCACUCACCACAGUUGGCAUUCAACUUACCAUCAUCGGUGAAGAUAUUGAUGAAUUCCAGCUUGUUUCUCUUACCGGUGUUGUAAUCGUUCGUGUCGUGACCAGGAGUGAUCUUCACGGCACCAGUACCAAACUCCAUGUCGACUGCCUCGGCGUCGGUAAUGAUUGGAAGCUUUCUGUCCAAGAAUGGAUGUUGCACAAACUUUCCGUGGAGAUGUGUGUAUCUUGGAUCUUUAGGGUGCACGGCAACAGCAGUGUCACCGAAAAUGGUCUCAGGACGAGUGGUAGCAACAACCAGCUUUUCGUCAGAGCCCACAACAGGGUAGGCAAACGAGGUCAGCACACCAAAUUCAACCUUCUCUUUGUAACCUGGGAUAGAAAGAAGAGUUCUAGGAGGAACAACCUUGUUGUCCACCUCCAAGUUGGACAAAGCAGUAGACAGUUGCACGGACCAGUUGACCAAUCUCAAGUCACGGUAGAUGGUUCCCUCUUCGUGAAGUCUGACGAAUGCUUCAACGACAGCCUUGGACAGUUCUGGAGAGAGAGUGAAGGCCUCUCUGGACCAGUCGUACGAAGCACCAAGCAUCUUGAACUGGUUCUUGAUCUUGGCGUGGUACACUUCUUUCCAGUCCCAGACCUUGCUGAUGAACUUUUCACGGCCCAAAUCGUGUCUGGUCGUCUUUUCCUUGGCCCACAGAGUCUUCUCAACGACAGAUUGUGUAGCAAUACCAGCAUGGUCGAAUCCCGGCAAGAACAGAACAGUCUUGCCUUUCAUUCUGUUGUAUCUUAUUAG